UAACAGCAACGCCGCUCCGCGGCCCCGAUCAGGAAGUGAAUUUGAAGAAAAUAAGCGACUGUGGAGGUAGAAUGACAUAGGGAGCGAGAGGUGGAAGAGAAGCAAGCGGAGAAAGAAGCGACUAACAGAGGGAGGAAUCGACCCGGUUUCUGGACCUGUAUUGGGCUGUUCUCUCCAGGAUAUACUGCACCGCCAAAAAAAAAAAAAAAAAAAAAAUGCUUAUAAAGGAAUAUCGAGUGAUUCUUCCCAUUUCUGUGGAAGAGUACCAGGUUGGCCAGCUGUACUCUGUGGCCGAGGCCAGUAAGAAUGAGACAGGUGGAGGAGAAGGAGUGGAGGUGCUAAAAAAUGAACCCUAUGAGAAAGAUGGAGAGAAGGGACAGUAUACACACAAAAUUUACCAUUUGCAAAGUAAAGUGCCAUCAUUCGUCAGAAUGUUGGCUCCAGCUUCAGCUCUCAAUAUCCACGAGAAGGCCUGGAACGCAUACCCGUACUGUCGCACAGUUAUCACUAACGAGUAUAUGAAAGAUAACUUCUUGAUCAAGAUUGAGACAUGGCACAAACCUGACACGGGACACCUUGAAAAUGCACACGGUUUGGAUGCUGAAACCUGGAAGAAAGUGGAUGUAGUCUAUAUUGAUAUUGCAGACAGAAGCCAAGUGGAACCAAAGGACUACAAGCCAGAAGAAGAUCCUUGCAAGUUCAAGUCUGUGAAGACAGGACGAGGACCUCUAGGGCCGGACUGGAAGAAGGAACUUCCUAAUAAGAAAGAUUGCCCACACAUGUGUGCCUACAAACUGGUCACUGUCAAAUUCAAGUGGUGGGGCCUGCAGAACAAAGUGGAGAAUUUCAUUCAAAAGCAAGAGAAGCGUUUGUUCACUAAUUUCCACCGCCAGCUGUUCUGCUGGAUCGAUAAAUGGAUUGAACUGAACAUGGAAGACAUUCGUCGCAUGGAGGAGGAGACACGUAAAGAGCUAGAUGAGAUGAGAGUGAAGGACCCUGUGAAAGGGAUGGUUGCUCUAGAGGACUGAGGCUGUGUUGGACUGUGAAUGCUGCUGUUCAUCAGACCAGAAUACCCAGACACCAGCGGAUUCACAUCCUCAUUUUGUCUCAACUGACACAAAAUCUGACCGGCCGGUCCAAAAAUCACCUCUUGCAGUACAAUUUGGUUUCAGGGACCUGGACCCAGUAAACUUCCAGUUUUCAGCUGAUGUCCUCCAGCCCAUCCAUCUCUCCUUAAGUCUCAUGUGUCCUUUUUGUUUAUUUUAUUUUAUUUUUUAUCUGGUGUCCACAUGUUAAUUGCUCUGAGGCCUCCAGUAGCAAAACUAUAGAUUUUGUCAGUCAGUCCUCUCUUUUUGUCUGAAAUGUUCUAAACUACAGAGAACAGUGUCAUAUAUCUCUGCAAUUUAGGAUUUAUUUCUAUUUAAGAUAUCUCAAUGGUGUAUAUAUAAAGGAUACAGUAUAUUGGGGAGCUGAAUAAUU